CUUACUGACAUCACAGCCCCCAAAAGAGACAGGGAUCUAGCUCAGGAACCCUUUUCCCAAGGCACGCAGCAAUAGUUGCCAGAAAAGAAUGGAAUUUGGCAGGAUAAGUGCACAUGCCUAACGAUAGAGACGUUUCUGUAUCUACGGGUUAUGUAACCUCCCUGUUAUACUCACAUACACACUGACAGUCUCCUACAGAAAGAGCGAUACAGAGUCGGAUACAGGUCUGCACCAUACAGAUCUCUAUGGAGAUACCCUCUUAAUGCACGCACUAUACACACGUACGGAAGAGAUGGGAAACAUGAAAUUCUGGAACCUACAGUAAAAGAACUGAGGAAUAUUUUAAAGCUUGACAAAUGCAUUCCAGACUGGAAGUGUGCUGCAUUCCUCCUCCUUCUCUUCCUUCUUUAGAGAAUUAACUUCUUAAAACAGAGGUAAGAAAGGAGAAUAAGCUGUAAGAAAAUGCUGGGAUCAGAACGUGGUGUGGUGGAAGAAUGGCUUUCAGAAUUCAAGGCAUUACCUGAAAAUCAAAUCUCUAGUUAUGCAUCAACAUUGCACCGGAAAAAAUCUCUGGUGCCAGCCCUUUAUAAGGUUAUUCAGGACCCAAAUAAUGAGCUCCUGGAACCUGUCUGCCACCAGCUCUUUGAACUCUACCGUAGUUCUGAAGUUCGACUCAAGAGGUUCACACUGCAGUUCCUGCCAGAAUUGAUCUGGGUUUAUCUGCGUCUUACUGCCAGCAGGGACAGACAGAGUAACGGUUGCAUUGAAGCACUGCUUCUUGGGAUUUACAAUUUGGAAAUUGCUGACAAAGAUGGGAACAACAAAGUUUUAUCUUUCACCAUCCCUUCGUUAUCUAAGCCCUCAAUAUACCAUGAGCCUUCUACUAUUGGAUCCAUGGCUUUGACUGAAGGAGCCCUAUGUCAACAUGACCUCAUCAGGGUGGUUUAUAGUGAUCUUCAUCCUCAAAGAGAAACUUUCACUGCACAGAACAGGUUUGAGGUGCUCAGCUUUCUCAUGCUGUGCUACAACUCUGCUCUUGUCUACAUGCCUGCCUCCUCCUAUCAGUCACUUUGCAGGAUGGGUUCCAGGCUUUGCGUGAGUGGAUUUCCACGACAGCAUGAGAAACGCUGGAAAGAAUUCUCUAACAGAGUGGUACUAGAUCCUGACUUCAUGGUGCAGCUGCUCACAGGUGUCUAUUAUGCCAUAUAUAAUGGACAGUGGGGUCUUGGCCAGGAGGUAUUGGAUGACAUAAUUUACAGAGCACAGCUUGAACUUUACUCUCAGCCACUGCUGGUUGCGAAUGCCAUGAAGAACUCGUUGCCCUUUGAUGCCCCUGAUGUGUCGCAAGAAGGCCAGAAGGUGCUGAAGGUGGAGGUUACUCCUACAGUGCCCAGGAUCUCUCGGACUGCAAUUACGACAGCUUCCAUCCGCCGCCAUCGGUGGAGGAGAGAAGAUGGCUUUGACUUCUCAAACGAGGCUGACUCAAGCAUUCCUGGCUCCCCGAUCCAACACGGCUCCACAGACCUAGGGAUCAAACGUGAGCAAGAGGGGGAGGUGCUGGUGCGCAGGACCCCUGAGCAUGGCUCACCGGAGCCCACCUUGGCAGCAGCCACAACAGAGGAUGCUGAGGGUAUAAAUGGAAGAGAGGAGUCUGUAAACCUCAAUGAUGCUGACGAAGGAUUUUCAUCAGGAGCGUCCCUUAGUAGCCAGCCAGUUGGGACCAAGCCUCUAUCGUCCACAUCCCAGAGAGGCAGUUUAAGGAAAGCUGCAAGUGGGCGUUCAGCAAAGGAUAAAGAAACAUCAUCUGCCACUAAAUCCAAUGAGAGCCCUCGAGAUUCAGUAGCUUGGAAGCAGUACCUGUAUCAACCAACUGACCUUACUGUGGAAACAAUUGAGAUGACACCUACAAAGAAACACCUCAGCCUGCCUGCUGGGCAGGUGGUACCAAAAGCCAGUAGCUUGAGCCUGAUCCGGACCGCCAGUGCUUCCUCCAGUAAAUCAUUUGACUAUGUGAAUGGUGGUCAAGCAGCUUCCACUGUUGGGGUUGGCACUGAGGGUGUUACUAAUCUAGCAGCUGGCAAUUCCAAUCGGUUUUCAACGAUCAGUCUACAGGAGGACCGGCUAGGCCAAACUGGGGAAGGUAAAGAUCUCCUUACCCCAGGGGCUCCCCUUACAAAGCAGUCUCGAUCCCCAAGUUUCAAUAUGCAGCUGAUAUCCCAGGUGUAGCUUUGACUUCCCUCUUCCUCUUUAACCAACCGAUAGUUCAUCCUUGGGCAAGAACAAGAACCUUCAUCCCACAGUGUGAAAAUACUGACCAUUGUGAUCUCAUUUGAUUCAGUUUAGAUAUCAUCCUGUAUUUUGUAUGAAACAGCAAUAAAUCUCCCCUCACUCCCAAUCUCCACCCCUUGUGAACAUGGUUGUGAAGCGGUAUAAAAUGUACUGUAUGCCUUUUCCCCACCUUCCUUUCUCCUUGGGUGACGUGCAAUCCAUCGUAGGCUGAUCAGUCCCAUUUCAACACUGUGAGACUGGUGAUAUUGUAGGAAAUGGUGAAUGUGAUCCCUAUGAGAUGAUGCUUUGGCUUUGUUAAGAAAUAGAAACGGGUUAGUUUUAUCAGUCUACAGUACUGCAAAGACUACUGGAUCAUGAUUUUUCUUAGAACCAGGAGUGCCUCAGAGAUUCUAAUGUGACUUUGGACCUCUCUGAGCUUGUGCAAUCAAUUCUGGGGGAGGGGAAUGUCGUUGCUCCUGGCUGACUAAUGCACUUUUCCAUUAAAAAUGAGAAUUGUUCUUUUCCUUCCCCACCCUCACCUCCACUCUCCUAACUCCUGAAACUCUUCCUGUUCAGCAGCAGAGACAUGCCUAUUACCAAGUCGUUGCCCUUCAGAUAAAGAGAGGGCUGUAAGUAGAGAACGUAGGUCACAGUGUACUACUUAUGGCGUUGUAGCCAUAUUUAUGUUGUAUGUCUUCCCCGCCCCCCACAGGACACAGGGUCAUUCCGCUUAUAGACUGGAAUUUGGAAAGGACAAACCUGUUGAAAUAAUUCAAAAGUGGGAAGGAGACACAAACUUUCUCAGAAACAAUUAACUACUAGCUCUGCUUCUAUUUGUGUGAGAUGAUGAUCACUGAAUUGAACAAGCGCAUCUUCAGGUAAACAGAGGGAUUCUCAGGCUGCAUUCUAUGGAAUCAUAGCUGUUAGGGAGCCCCUCCUGCUUUCUAGGUGUUCCUAGUUCAGUCACAGCGUAGAUUAAGAAAUCUGUAGUCCAGACAUAAUCCUCCAAGGAGCUGCAUCAGGGACUGAGAUAAUGGUUUGCUGGAAACACUGAAGCGUCAAUGUGCAACAUUUUCUUGAAACAAUGUUGGUAUAAUGGGGUACUCACAGUAUUUUCUCCCAGAAGGACCACACUUCACUGCCUUUGUAUUUACAAUCCAUUGCAUUUUGUAAAUAUUAUCUGAUCAUUUUGCUGAUGGAGGCAGGCAAUCUCCUAGAAAACUCUGAUCUCAUGCCAUUGAGCCAAGUCCUGAAUCUAAGUGAUUGAUGGAUGGGCAGCAGUUGGUACUUAUGCUGGAGAUCACUACUUAAAAGUUCAUUUCUGAUUACAAAAGGGGAUGUUCAUCAUAUUUUAGCCUGUCUCUUUCUUUGGAUAACUAAGGAGAAAAGAGGAAGUCUCAGCCUUUUUUCUCUACUCUGUUGUGACCUGGAAUUUUACAGGCCAUUAACCCAUGGAACAGAUGAGUUAAUUUUUUUCAUUAUGUAGGCACUUUGGUUUUAUAAUUUUCACUGUGAAAAAAAUAUACACAAAUGGCUACCAAUAACAGGCUAUCGUUUGUUUUAUAAAAACUGUAUGAAAUUCAGAACUAAAAUGGCAUUAUAUUGCUAGUGGUUAUUUAAUGGGUAGGUUGUUUAAAUGUUGUUUCGAGCUUUUGAUUCUUCUUCUCCUAACACCCUCAUUUCAAGUAGCAUUUUUUCAAAGUGACUUUCAAGCUUAUAGUUUAAACAGUUAAAGGAAGACAUUUUUAUUGUUGAAUGAGUUACUUGGUCACUUAAUCUUCAUAUUUCACAUUCAAAGAGGAAUGAUAGCAUUCAGAAUUAUGCAAAAAUUUCAGUUAAACACUUUAAACACAAACAUUCAGUUAAGAAAAAGGAAACAACACUUUAUUGUCUCUUUAAAAACUGCAGCUGCAAGGACUGACAGGGAUGAAUAAAUUGACAGAACAAAGACAAAAUCUGGAGUAACCAAGAGGUAAUGCCCUGGAGUAAAGUUGAUCUAAAAAUAUGUACAGUAAAAAAUAGUGAUGCUUCACAACAUAGCAAGAGAUGGCUACACUUGUCAGUUUAUUUUCUAGAGUACUGGCAAUGGAGACACUUAAUACGAUGGCUAUGGUUGUGCAGAAGCUUGUCUGAUGUUUUUAAAGAGGAGUAGAGAUGUAUUUGGAACAGAUUAAACUAAAAAAAGAAUAUUAAUAAAGAUAAGUAUAAUUUCAAAUUGAUAAGGACCAAACUAUUCCUUUAUAUUAGUUCUUGAGGUGGAAAUGUAAGUCAGAUGUUCAGGCUAGUUUUGGAAGAAUCCCAAUAUAUUUUUUCAAGUGUUUAUUAUGUAUGUAUAUAAAUUAUAUAGAGGUGUACACAAAAAUAUAAAAAGUGAUGUUUGGUAGCUCUGCUAUCGCUGUUCUGUAUUUUCCAUUGUUAGUUUUCACCUAAGGGAUUUAUAACUCUUCUAAAAAUUUUGCAUCAGGCUAAAACUUAGCAAACAAGUUUCCAUAUCUUGAUCCAUUUCUUUUACAAAAUGCAGUUAAACCAGUUCAGCAAAAUGAAAUAUUCCUGUGAUUUCAAAUGGGGAGUCAAAUAUGGGUGCUCAAAUUUGAAUCAAGUUUUAGUCACUUUUUUAAACCAGUUUUGAAGGUAUUUAGUCCUUAUUUUGGUGGAGUGCUUUAUGUUUUAUAAAUCUGUUACAUGUAUUCGUUAACCUGCUUUUGUGUAUAUGCACGCUACUUUCUCUAUUAGAUGCUUUUUGAUAGAGUUCAAAUUUUGUUCCUAUUAACAUCCUAGUUGUUCCUAACUAUGGACUGACAUGAUACAUAAUAACUUGUCCAAAGGAUCCUUUGAGUGCUAUGUGUCAGAUGUUCGCUGAUCAACCUCUCUGUGUUCCGGAAUGACUCAUCCAUUAACAUAAAUGAAGCAGUCAUUAUGUGUCAAGUCAGUGCUAUAUAUCAUUAAUGCUUUUAGAUGUGUCCAUCAAGCCAUGUCAAGGUAAUUGUGAAAUAUGAUGUACUGAGCUUCAGAGAACUUCAAAGUACUGUGGCAUUAACUGAAAUGGAAAUGCUUGGGAUAUAAAGAAUAAUCAGAGUUGACUUUGGAGGGUAUUGUAUGCUACUGUUAAACUAAGUACAAAACUAUUAAAAUAAUAGGUUUCUGAUACCUGUGACAGAGAUUUAGACUUAAGUACUUUAUCCUUUCCUCACUCUAUUCUCUCUCCAUAAUUAUAAUGCAUUUGGUAUAUAAUAUCAUGUACUAAUUUUAGACCCCUGCAAUAGUUGAGUACAGUUGCAGUAUAUAAGAGAAGGUCAGAAUGUAGAAUAAGACAUUCCUCCUCAUCUGAGAUAGUAUAUAUGCACAACUCUGAGGUGGGGAACUAUGGGUACUGUAGCUAGAUGUAGAUACACAUUUAAGUAGGGAUAAAUGUAUUAUCCCUUGCUUUUAGCAUAACUGUGUACAAUAAUAUGCUGGCAUGUCACUCAUUUUUUUCUGGGGAUUCAUAAUUUAAGGAAAUAUAAAAUAACUGUCUUGCUAAUUAAAUCUUUGAUCAGCUUUUAAGCUACUUUAAGUGGUAUUUUGGUUGAGCUGUGAGCCAUUUUUCAUGCAGGCAGUAAGAUGACAAGUAAUAGCUGUUUAAACAAAUGUUGCAAGUGAAGAUUAAAUACUGUACUAUCCAUUAAUUUAAUUUUCAGAAUAUUGAGACUUUGUACCUUAUUGUACAUCUCAAAAACAAAUUGGAAUACCCUUUGUGAUGUGACCCUGAAAAAGCUUUUUUAGCUGUGUGAAGCCUGUCCUUCCAUUCUGUAUCAGUGAACAUUUUAUCACACCAAUUAUUUAUUAUAUCAGAUAUUUGUAUGGUUUGCAAAUAUAAUAGUCUCAAAUACAUAAAUCUGACAUUUCCAAACAAAUUCUUAUAUUUAUCUUACUAAGCUUUUAAAGUAAUUAAAAUCACCUGCUUUGACACUGGAAUAGUGAAAAUAUUAUUUUCUGACAAAAUAUUUUAUUUGCACUACUUUUGUGAACAGUGGAAUGUACUGGGGCAGAGCUUUUUCUCACCAUGUGAGGUUUGUGUGUGGGUAGGUACAUACAUUUGUCACAUGUUGACUAUCAGUUGCCUCAGUUGUGCGUGUAUUGUAUAUAAAUAUAAACAUAUUAGAAAAUUAAGGGGGUAAGAUCUACUACUAAAUAGUGGCAAAUACAAAGUGGGUUGCUUUGCUUUUUGGAUAACUAGUAAUUAAUUUUAAAGCUUAGUUCAAGGGAAAAAAUGUCAAAAUAAUGAUAAAAGGUUAACAAAUAUAUUUUGAAGAUUAAUUUUGGAACAGAUUAUUCUACACUGCGGCCAUUUUUAAAUCAACAGUUUAAACUUUUUUGUCCUUCCAGAUAAGCCAGUUGCUACCUGCUUUAAGAUUUAAGGCAUUUUAAUUUCUUAAACCUUGAAACAAUUCAGACAAAAGGAUUGAUAAAUAAUUUCAGAUUGAUUUUUUUUAAAUAAAAAAAUAAACUCUUGAAAAUCAAAACAAUUUGAAGAAAUGAACAAAAUGACUUUUCAAUCAAAGAAAAUAAUUUUGAAAUUAAGUUGUACAAAAUACUGUCCCCCUAAAUUGUGGAAAAAAUUGAUAAAUAUAAUAUGAGCUAACCUAUUAUUUAUUAUGCACUAUAUAAACAGAACAAAAAAGACAGUCUUGAUAUUUAAAAUAUCAAAUCAUACAAACCCUAAAUUGUUGCAAUCUAGCAUUGCCUAAGUCUAAGACAUGUUACCGUAAUAUGUUAAACUUGCUAUCAAGUGCAUUAGGUAUAUCUAUUGUAUCCAUUGGCAUUGUGAGAAUAGUUCAUGCGUGGACAAUGAACAUGUAUUUUUAUUUCUCGAGUCAGGAAUGAUUGUAGAACUCAAGGAGCAAAGCCAGAAGUAACUUGUGCCAGUCCAUUCCAAACAUGUAAAAUAAAAAGGGCAAAUUCACUAUAGUGUACAUGCACUGAGUAUUCAGCUUAAACCAGACCAUACAAUAUUUGAUAUUGUUUGGUAUUUUAAACUUAGUGUUUAUUUCUAGGACCUGGGCCUUACUGAAAAUUCCUUUGUUUCUUCUCAUUUUUUCCUUAUGGCAUUUGGAUAAUUAAGGUUGUGCAUUGCACAAAAGUUUUAUUUAGAAAUUUUCUAUGGCUGAAGUAUAAAUGAACAUAUAAACCCUUCUUUCAAACUUGUCAUAAUAGAUCAGCUGAGAGCCCAGUGUAUAUAUAUCUAUUAGAUUUUGAUGGAAGAUAAUGGAGAGGAGUGGGGGAAACUGAUCUGUCACUGUUAUGUCAAAACAAAACACCCCAAGUGAGCGAGAGAAUAAGGUUUUACAAGGCUGGCAUACAUAUGUUCAUAUGACCAUUCCUAAUAUUUUUAAUAUGGCUUUUUAAAAUCCUACCUUAUUAAGCCCAGCUUGCAAAGCAUAAAACAGGAAGAAAGGAAAUAGCUGUAGGCACUUAAAAUAAUGAGUAAAUUUUACCUGGGGGUUGGCUAGGGUCAGCAUCUGCGAUAAGAAUAAGUUGUUUAUUUUGUAGUUAUCCCUAGAAGUCUAAUACGGAGAAACUCAGACACAAUCUGAACGAGAAACGAACUUUAUUAGUGGACAAUCUAUCCCAAAUCAGACAGCUUAAUUCUAGAUUUAACUAAAUUAGAUGCAAACUGAUGUUUCUGUUUCAAGAUUUAGUGUGAUCCCUUUCAAAUAGAAAAGCAAAUUCCUUUUAUCUUUCCUAUAUGCAUCAGAGAGUUUACCAAAAGAGACCAUUAAGGGACCAAAUGUAAUUAAAAUGGGGUCCAUCCUUCAAGAAAUUGUCCCUUCUAAUGUAAAGGAUUGCUUUUCUAUUCCUGUGUUGAAACAUGGAUGGAAACAGUUGUACAGUUGUUUUGAGAUUCUGAACUGCAUUUUGAGCUAGGUCUUUGCCAACAUAUUAUUUUGUCAUGAAUUCCUAUUACAGGUUUACAAGCAGUGAGUAAAGUGUGAGCGAAUAGAGCAGAAGACCCUUGUAUUUUGACUGAACAUUUCUGUCACACAAUUUUUAAAAAAUCAAAUUUCCAAACAAACAAACUAAUCGGCUCUAGAAAAAUCAAGUUAAUUACUGAAAUGCCUUCAAAUGAGCAAAUACCUAUAUCAAGUCUGUAACACAGAUAACUAAUAGUUUAGAUGUACCCUCCAAUAAGACUCCUUUAUGGUGCUUUGUCACUGUAUCUUUAUAUCAGGUGUAGGACAAUUGAUCCUGCUCUUUUCCAGCACUGAAUAAGAAAUUUAACAGGUUGAUUGUAGUUUCUCUAAGUAAAUUACAUUUCUUCUCCUUGACAUUAUAGGACUUAGAAGUGAUAGAAAAUAAGCUACUGAAACUUUUCCCUCCAAUUCAGACCGUUCAUUAGUCUUGCAUAUUUUUUAUGAAAAAUGUUACUAGCAAAAAGUACAUGGCUUCUAAUGUGCAGUCAAUGUGAGUUAGCAAUCACUCAGGAUAAAUUACUUGUCUUUGCAAAGUAUCCAUUGGUUUCCUAGUGGUCAAAAUGUUUGUGUGUUCAAAUAUGACUUGGAAACACUACAUUUUACUGUUUUCUUGCAGAAAAGUGCAUACUUUUGGGCAAGGGCAUUACUAGUUGGUUAUUUAUGGAAUGAAACCAUGUAAUAAAGUAAAUAACCUUAGGAAUCAUUUAACUGGAAACAUUUUUCCAUAUCAAGGACACCAGGCAAAAGCUAGUAAAGAUUUUGAAUAAUUAGAUUAUCUUUUUGGACUUACUAUGGUAGCUUUUAUUUGCUAUAAAUAAACUGGGGUACCCCAUGCUGUGUUUUUUAAAUUUGUAAUAAAUUCCUCUACAAUGAAUCUUUUGAGUCUUACUGUUCGUGUAACAAUAUAGAAUUUGCAGUCAGCUUGACUAGCAAAAUGAAACAAUCUGCAAGGAUUGAGAUAGUAUUUUCUUAAUGUUUCUCUCAUACAAGAUUUGUUUCUCUGAACUAAGGUUUCUGAAGGAUUUUUACUAUUUUGGCAUUAUGUGAUCUUAUCAUUGUCACAAAAGGAGUAUAGACAACAAAUAACCUACUUUCUGUGGACAAAUCUGUUUGGCAAAAGGGCUUCAAUUGUGUAGGAGACGCCCUUUUUUCACCAGUGUAACCCUGCAUGUUGGUAUGCACUCACAAACAUUCAGGAUAUAGUGCUGGUGAAAAACUAAACAGAAUGGGUAUGUAGUAAAUGCAGUCUCGGUUGCAUGAUGUCCUUUAACCUGGAACCAGUGAAAAUCUUCAUUCUUACAGAGGUGAAGAUGACAUAUUGAAGAUCAUGUUAUUGGUGCAUGUAAGCCAUUAUCUUAACUGUCUUACUGAAACUGGUUAAUGCUGUUGAUUGUUGUUGAAAUGUGAAAUGUAGUUACUGUUGACCUUGUAAAUAUUUGCCAGAGAUUAAAAAAAUAAAAAAAUAUUUUAAAUCACUGUAAAUAGAGAUGUAUAAAAUGGAAAACAGUCUGCAAUGCAGAAUAUAUAUAUAUACAAUAUUAAAUAAAUAUUGUGGUGUUUCUGGAUGAAUGUGUA